AUGUCGGUCACCACCCAGCGUCGUCGGCGCAGCGACAUCCCGGCCACGCGCGUCAUCUCGCCCAGUCCCACGCCGUCUGAGCGCCAAGAGUCAUCAACCUCGGCCUCGGCUUCGUACAGUGGUCCGAUGACGCGAGCGGCACGGAAGCGGCUGUCGACGCCGCAACCGGUCAAGGAGGAGGCGACGCCGAGGAGGGCCAGCGGAAGCAGUGCCAAGACGGACAGCGCCGAGAAUGGGCGACGACGGACCCGGAGUCGCAGUCCGAUCAUCACGCGACGGGCAGACACAGAGGCCGUGGACAACGAGGCCACACCAAAGAAGAAGACGGCCAAGACGGCCAAGACGGCCAAAAAAGCCAAGCCGGCCCUGGAGCCAGUGCAGACCGACGGCCACCUGCAGCCGCCCGGACAGGAAAACAACGGGACGGUGGGCGGCUGGAGCUGGCGGGACUUUAGCCGCAGUCCGAGUCCACUGGGCCUGAUCCCGAUCCACCGGCACUGGCGGUCGUUUGUGCACCGGCACGAGGUGCCGCGCAAGGCGCUGCACGUGUCGAUCGGACUGCUGGUCGCCUGGCUGUACGCGUCGGGCACACAGACCCGCACCGUCUGUCCGUUCCUGAUGGGCGCCCUGGUGCCGAUUGCGAGCGUCGAUGUGCUGCGGCACCGCUGGCCGGCCGCCAACCGGCUCUACGUCCGGCUGCUGGGCGCGCUCAUGCGCGAGAGCGAGUUUUCCGGCUACAACGGCGUGAUCUGGUACCUGCUGGGCGCCUGGGCCGUGCUGUAUGCCCUGCCCAAGGACGUCGCCGUCGUGAGCGUCAUGCUGCUGAGCUGGUGCGACACCGCCGCCAGCACCUUUGGCCGUCUCUGGGGCAGCUACACGCCGCGGCUCCGACGCGGAAAGUCGCUUGCUGGCUCGACUGCUGCUUUUGCUGUCGGCAUCGCCACCGCCGCCUGGUUCUGGGGCUGGCUCGUCCCCCAUGUCGGACCCAUGCCCGGCGACGACGGCUUUCAGUUCCGCGGCCAUCUCGGACUCCCCCCUGUGGCCGCCGCGUUUCUCGGCCUCGGCGAGGCCGCCACCACCCGCGUCUCCGGCCGGCUCGCCCUUGCCAUUGUCAGCGUCUGGUCCGGCUUCGUCGCCGCUGCCAGCGAGGUUGUCGACCUCUUCGGCUGGGACGACAACCUCACCAUUCCCGUGCUCAGCGGCGCCGGCAUCUGGGCUUUCUUGCGCGUGUUUGGAUAG